UGUCUCAACUAUUUUGGAUUAAUGUGUCUCCGCUUACAUACUCAUAAUCAACAAAAAUUAUAUUUUAAGUUUUCUUAAGUUUUAUUCACAUAAUUGAAGUGCCAAAGUAAUCAUGACUUCAUCACUAAGUGUCAGUGCUGAAAAUUUAUCAAAUGAUCCGACAAACGAUGCAAGUUCUACAAUGUGUUUGGAGCUUGCGUUGGAGGGCGAAAGAUUGUGCAAAUCAGGCGAUUGCCGUGCUGGUGUUGCAUUCUUCCAAGCUGCAAUUCAAGCUGGAACUGAUGAUUUAAGGACGCUCUCAGCUAUUUACAGCCAACUUGGCAAUGCUUAUUUCUAUCUUGGAGAUUAUCAAAAAGCAAUGCAAUAUCAUAAGCUCGAUUUAACAUUGGCACGUUCUAUGAAUGACAGACUCGGCGAAGCAAAGUCAUCGGGUAAUCUUGGAAACACUCUUAAAGUUAUGGGACGUUUUGAUGAAGCGGCUCUUUGCUGUGAACGUCAUUUAACAAUUGCACGACAGCUUGGAGAUCGUUUGAGUGAAGGCAGAGCCUUAUAUAAUCUCGGCAAUGUUUAUCAUGCUAAAGGCAAACAAAUUGGACAAAAGGAAGGUCCUGGUGACAACUCUGAAGAAGUUAAAGAUUCACUCAUGAAAGCUGUUGAUUUUUAUCAACAAAAUCUUUCAUUAAUGCGUGAGAUUGGUGACCGCUCGGCUCAAGGUAGAUCCUGUGGAAAUCUUGGCAACACUUUCUAUUUGCUUGGCGAUUUUAAUGCUGCUAUCGAACAUCAUCAAGAGCGGUUGAGAAUCGCAAGGGAAUUUGGAGAUAAAGCAGCUGAAAGACGAGCAAACAGUAAUUUGGGAAAUUCUCAUAUUUUCCUAGGACAGUUCGAACUUGCAGCUGAUCAUUACAAGAAAACUUUAUCACUUGCUAUGGAGCUUGGUGAACGAGCUGUCGAAGCUCAAGCGUGUUACAGUUUAGGCAACACUUACAUAUUGUUGCGAGAUUUCCCAACUGCUAUUGAUUAUCAUCAACGUCAUUUGGGCAUUGCACAAGAACUUGGGGACAAGAUUGGUGAAGCGAGAGCUUGUUGGUCGCUUGGAAAUGCUCAUGCGGCGAUUGGAAAUCACGAGAAAGCUCUUCAUUAUGCUCAACUUCAUUUGUUUUUGGCUAAAGAAUUGGGUGAUCCUGUUGGUGAAACAACUGCUCGAAUCAACAUUGCUGAUCUCAAGAAAGUUUUGAAUGUUCCAGAUUCUUCGGAUGCUGAAUCGCUCAAUGAACUUCAUCAGAAAUUGAUGCAGAAAAACCAAAAUGCUCCAACAAGUUCAAAUAAUUCGAGUGGAAGUAGAUUGCAUCGAAUGCGACGGCAAUCAAUGGAACAAUUGGACUUGAUUAAGCUAACACCUGACAGUAAGAAACAGCAGUCAGUUGAUCUCGAUCAUCUUCCAAGUCGGAAUAAUGAGAAUUUCCCCACAAAAGUAUCAAAGGAGGAAGAUUUCUUUGAGAUGUUAUCAAGAACACAAAGCAAACGAAUGGACGAUCAAAGAUGCACAUUGAAAGCGAUUGGAAGUAGUGAAAAGGAUCGCAAACCUUUAGUGCAACAGAACAACAACAUGACCACAAAAGACAACAAAAAUUUACUCGAAAUGAUUGCCGACUUUCAAUCAGAACGAAUGGAUGAACAACGUUGUGCUUUACUUCCUGGAUGGAAGAGAUCGGAAAAGAAUCCAGCACCACCAAUCACAGAAGCUUCAAAUGACAACAACAUUAAAUCGGAACAAGAUGAACCGUUUUCUGAUAUGUUACAAUUGAUUGAAAGAUGUCAAGGGUCACGUUAUGAUGAGCAGCGCUCGGAGUUGCCAAAGAACAACGUUGUUCUUGAUGCAGAAACAAAUGAAGCAAACAAUGUACCAGUUAGAAAUCAAGUGAAUCCAAGAAGCACGUUACCAGAUGAAGAUUUCUUUUCACUUAUAAUGCGUGUACAAGGUGGUCGAAUGGAAGAUCAAAGAGCUACAGUACCAACAAUUCCAAAAAAUCAGCAACAGAAGAACAGCAAAUAGAAAGUUUACUAAAUGUUAGUAAGUAGUUAAUUAAUUUAAGAAAGAAAUUCUUAUUUUUGUCAGCAGAUAAAUUCACCAAACAUUUAUUUAGUGGAUAAUAACAACAGAAAUCUUAUGAAAUUUUAUUUUAAGAACAAAAGAACGAAAGAAGAAAUGGAAAAACGUUUAAAAUGUACAAAAAAGGAAUAUUGAAAGAUUUUUAAAAGAAAAUGAAAGAAAAUUUAUUGUCUUAAUAGAUAGUUAGCGUUUCUGUAGAAAGAAAGGACUCAAAAACAGUUCAAUUGACACACAGAAACAUUUUAAAUCAUGUUGACGAUUGCCGAUGAUCAAGAGUAAACUUUGAUAUAUUAAAAGAAAAGAAGAAGAAAUGUUAAUCUUGUAGAUUUAUAAGAACCAAAGGUAAAAGAAAAUUCUCAUAGUUCUCCAUCAAAAGAAAAAUGCGAUCUUCAUUUAAUAUUUUUCUAAACUCAUAAACUUAAUACUUGAGUUAAACUCUUUAACAUUUCCAUGUCUUCGAUAUUAAAAAAACAGCAACCAACUCUUUAGAGUACAUAACAAUGUUUAAUUAUUUAAUUUUAAAGGAUUUUCCACCAAAAUUUUUCUGAAACAAAAACAUUUCCAAUUAGACUAUUUUAAUUAUCUUUAAUUCUACAUGAACUUUAACAUUUAAAGAGAGAAAAAAGCUUUGAUUGCAUUUAAAUUUUACAAAUUUAUUAAGAAAAGUAGAAGGGAGAAGAAAAAAGUAAAAUAAUUAACAAAGAUUAGUUUUUAAGUGAGAAAAAGCAUCGCAGAUUUACAUAAAUUAACUCAUUCAUUGUUAAUGUUAAAACAUCUUCUUUCAGCUUAAUUUAUAGAUAUAAUUAUAACAAAUGAAACAAACACAAAGCUCAUACUUAUGUAGCUUAAUUAACUCUCUGCCCUACAGCCUGUAAGGUGACCGGGGCAAUAAUUUUAAAAUGUCCAAAUUUUGAUGAAACAUUUCAAACCAACACUUUCUUUGAUAAAUAAAAUGAAGAAAACAAAUGAAAGAGAAGAGUUAGUAAUUUUUUGCGAGCUCAAUAAAAUGCAUGUAGCCUAAAGAUCAUAAAGUACAAACCAUUGAGUCAACGGA